GUAGGAGAGCAUCCCAAUAUUCUCAUAGGCUGAAGUAAAUAGAAGUGAAGCCACAAUCAUAUAUCUACAGCAUCUUAGGGAGAAACUGAAAUAAAAACCAGUUAGUCUUUCCAACUGAUUCUUCUAUCCAAACAGGCCAGACACUGAAGGAACCUAAAAAUAAGACUGGAGGACAGAAACUGGAGAAACUAAAUGGCAGUAGGAGACUUCAAAGAAGAUGAUAGAAGACAAAACCUGGAGAGACUCCUUCAGCUGGGAAGAAGAACUGUGGAGUUUUAGGGAGGAAUGUGACCUCAAGUGAGAGUAGGGAGGGGAAGUGUGUAGACUCUAACCUAGACAUCUCUUAGUCCUCCACUUUUCAGGGCAUCCUUCAAUUCAACAAAUAGAUCUUAGCAAAUAGAGACAAGUAGCUUCAAAUUAGUCUUAUUAAAUCUGCUUUCAUCAUCUUAAUUAUACACUGCAUGUGCUAAAACGCUGUAAACUAUGGUACUAGGUAGAAUUGAAACAGUGAAGGAAAAGAGAAGACCCAGAAACAUGCCCAAGAAAAUUUAAAGCAUUCAUAUCUAAUAAAGCACCAAAAACCAAUGGUCUAGGAGUUGACUUUCCCAUAAAAGUUUUAGGAAACUAAAUUAAAUAAUUUUUAGAGAUUUUUUAAAGUUUAUUUAUUUAUUUUGAGAGAGGCAGAAAGAAAGGGAGAGAGAAUCCCAAGCAGGAUCCACACUGCCAGCAAAGAGCCCAAUGUAAAGCUUGAUCUCAAAAACUGUGAGAUCACAACCAGAGCUGAAACCAAGAGUCAGACGCCCAACCCACUGAGCCACCCAGAGAUCAAGAGUCACAUGCUCUACUGACUGAGCCAGCCAGGCACCCUUAAAUAAGUAACUUUUAAUUAACACAGCCGUAAGUUGGUUUUAUUCCUUCCAUUGUACACUAAACUAAAUUAUGCACUAAUAAAAUAAUCUAAUUCAUCUACUCAUUUAUUCAUUCAACAUAUAUCUAUUGAGUAGCUACUAUGUGCUAAACUCUGGGAGUAUACUGGUACACAAGACCUAUUCAGAGGUCUCACAGAGACCUCACUGAGGAAUUGACAUUAUUAUGGAAAAAAAGGAGAGACAAGCAGAGGUGAAGGAAAGCUUCCCAGCAAGGAAGAAACACCAAUAUCUGGAGGGAAAAAGAAUGUUAAGAAAAAACAAAACAUUAAUUUUUAAAUACUUUCUUAAUCUCAUUAAUGGAGCUUUCUUGGUUCUUGGACUUUUAUUAUUGGGAUUUGGUGCAUGGCUUUUAUUAGAUAGAAAUAUUUUUUUCACAGCUUUGGAUAAAAAUAAUCAUCUGAUAGUAUAUAUUUUUCAAAUUUUGACUGGAACUGGAUCUGCUAUUGUUCUUCUUUGUCUCUUGGGUUAUUUGGGAAUUCGCAAUGAAAUCAGAUGGCUCCUAAUCCUGUAUGCAGCACUGUUAAUGUGGGCCUUUGGUGUUCAAGUUGUACUUUCAGGAUUCAUCUUCACAAAGAAAAAAGAGAUUCACCAAGUAUGGCAUGAUAAAGUUGACUUAAUCAUUGCUGAGUAUGGAUCUAAAGAUAUGCCUGAAGAUAUACCCAAGUGGACUUUUCUGAAUGCUUUACAGAAAACAUUGCAGUGUUGUGGCCAGUACAAUUACACAGACUGGAUAAAGAAUAAAAAUAAAGAAAAUUCAGAACAGGUGCCAUGUUCUUGCACAAAUUCUACAUUAAGAAAGUGGUUUUGUGAUGAGCCACUGAAUGCAACUUACCUAGAGGGUUGUGAAAAUAAAAUCAACACAUGGUAUAACGCUAAUGCUUUAACACUAACUGGAAUUAACUUCGGACUUUUGGCUUCAGAGGUUUUGCAAAUCACAUUAACUGUUUCUUUCUUCAGACACAUCAAGAAUAGAGUAUAUGCAAAAAUGUGAUCUCUGGACUUUAAUUUACCCAGAAGAAACCAGCUAAUUCUCAAAAUAAGCACAUUGUGUUCUUUUACUCCAAAAAAAAAAAAAAAUUGAAUUACAUUAAUUAAGUUUAGAACUUAUUCAAGUCAUUGGUUAUAUGUAACAUAGAAUUAUGGAAUAUUAUAAGAAAUCACUCCAUGAAAUUCUCAUUUUGUUUUUCAAAAUAUCAAAUUCUGCAGUUCAGAACUUUACCUUGAGUUAUUUUCUGAAUUCAAGGAUGUCAUUAUAUACACUGAAUUCAAAAUGUGAAGUAUCACUAUAUGUUUUGAGUUUCCUAUAUAGAAAAGAUAUAUAUAUGAUGCUUAGAAAACACUAAUUAAGUAAACAAUUAUAAUAUCUACCUUGCAUUUGCAAAUUUUAAGAAAACGAUACUGAUUUGUGGGAAAUUUAAAAAAAAAGAUUGAAAAUCUUCAUGUCACUGACCUCUGUACUGAAUUAACCAUUUAUUUCUGUCUUCUGAUUAAUGUUUGCAAGUGGAUAAUAAAAUUUUAGAGAUUUGGGUAUACUUUAGUGGCAGUAAUAAAAUAUUAAAAUCACAAUUUUUAACUGUAGCAUAAAUGUCCUAAAUGAUCACUGGAUUCCCAUACUCAACUUGCUACUCAUUUUCUUCUUUUUCCUUAAAUUUUGUUCAGGCUUACAUGCACAAUUCUCUGAAGGGUAUAAAAAUAGCCUACCUGUUCUAUUUUCCUAAAAGUGAUAUUGUGAGAACAGGAGAAAAAAUCCUUUGACAAAUAAAAAGUGCUAUACAAAUGAAAGGCAUUACCAUAUCAUUGUUGUUCUUUAUAGCAAAAAGACUACCUUGACCUUGAGGAAAUCAAGAAAAGAUAAAUUAACUGAAGAUCCUGCAUCGCUCUCAAUCCUAUGGAAAGCUCACUGUCAUUUACUAAUUCAGUCAUUUGUCUUUUCAUCCAUCUGUUCAGUACAUUUCAUAUUUCAGAGACCUAUGAACUUUUUACAAGGCAGUGCAAAAAGAAACAGAAUAACCAUUUUCUCUAAAGCAACCUGUAAAUGCACAUGCCUUCACUUCUUUGAGAGAGAUUCUUUUGGGAAUGUUUUAUAUUUUAUUUUUUUAAUGUUUUCAUUUUUAUUUAUUUUAAUUCCAGUAUAGUUAACAUACAGUGUUAUAUUAGUUUCAGGUGUACAAAAUAGUGAUUCCACAAUUCUGUACAUUACUCAUUGCUCACCAGGGUAAGUGUAGUCACCAUCUGUCACUGAGUCCUCUUUGCAACUCCAAGGCCUCACUCUGCACUUGACAAUGUAGGUGGCCACCAAAGGCCAUUGAACUUUAUUAAGUCAGGUUAAUCAGUAUGCUAUCAGAUAAAACUCAGUUGCCCUCUUAGAUUGUCUCACUUUGACUAUACCCAAUGGUUUUGAUUUCAUCUGGCCAUCGCAUCGUAAAAAUAAUCUGUCCAAACUUGUUUGGGAAACAGUAGCUGCUAGUUUAAUUAGUCACUGCUACCCACAUUUCAUUUCUCCAGGAACCUGAAUAAGAGAUGUUGGCAGUGCAAAAUCUCCUGUAAAAGGUUUUCACUGAAACACAUUUUUAAAAAAAUAUUGCACCAGAAAUACUGUCAGGCAGCCCUAAGUGUUUGUUUAAUGUUUGCAACAUCUGUGUAAUAUUUUUAUACCUUUGUUUUAUUUUUCUGAUCUUAGAGGAGUAAUUCUUCAGCAUAAGAGUCCCUGGCAAAAGGAAAACACAAAAAUCUAAUCUUUUUGCUGCCAUGAUAUAAGGCUGGAAAAAAAAUGUUCUUAAUUAAAAUAAAAAUAAAUUUUAAAAACACAUUUCACACCACCUGUUAUUUAUCAUAGUUUAUCCUCUGUUAUUUAUUUUUCUUCUGUAUCCCUUUGUAUUUUUGAAGUCACCCAUUAGAUGAAAGAAGAUAAUGUCAUAUAUCCAGUAAAUCUAUAAAUAUUUAUUGAGCCAUGUAGGAUUUUAACCCUAUACAAACAAUAAAACCUGGGAGAGCAGAAGCUACUCCUUGAUAAAUUAAAUUAUAGGGAUUAAGCCUUUGCUAGUAUUCAGAAUAUUUUGGGACAAAGUAAAAGGAAGUAAUUUUG